ACGUUGUCCCGCGCCGAAGGCCGUUCUGGCGAGCGAGCGGAGGGCGCCCGUGGGCAGCAGCCGGCGGCCGAGGCGGGAGUGGUGGGGUGCGAAGGGCUUAAUAAACCGCGGGCGCCUGCGGUCGCGCGGGCGCCCGCGGCGUGUGGCGCGCGUGCGGCGCCUGGCGCGGGACGGCUGGCAACGAGCGAAAGUCUCGAAUUGGUGCACACCAGCCGGAGUUGUUCCGAGUACUGGAGCACUGUCGGACCCAGAACUCCAGCGCCUUGAACGAUGAGAUUCGGAUCGGCUCCGCCGCUUUCGGGACCGCGUGUGGAAGAAAACGCCAUGGGGGGGCGAAGGGGGGGGAUGGCCGCGCAGGGAGAGAAGGAGGGAGAGGAGGAGGAGGAGGAGGGGGGGCACGCAGCGUUCGAGGGGCGCCCCCCCGGCGAAGUGGCGGCGGCAAAGUGCUGCCCGCGGCGGCCCCGCGGGCCGUGCUCGACGGCUCGGCACACCGCGGGCCUCGCCGGCACGGCGGCGGGUGUGCCGCGGGCGCACGGGCACAGCCUCGCCACAGCCGCCUUGGCAGCAGGGGCGGGGCCGAGCUGCAAUCAAAUCUACGCGUGCCAGUGGUGUUGUCGUCCGGAUGCGGCAGCAGCGAGGCCCUUGUUCCCCCUCACCGGAUCCGCGCGUAUCCCCGACAAUCACCACUGGCAACCAUUGUGAGACCUGCGCAUACUGCCGACGGUGUUUGUAAGACUGAAUGAUGCCGUUUGCGAAUGCCUCGUUCAACCUUGGACAGCGUGUGCAAUCGGCGACUGCUCCAUCCACCGCUUCGGCUUCAGCGCUUCCUUUGACGAAUAUUGGAUCAUUUCGGCACUCUCCAGGUCCAUGUGCCGGAGUCCCAUCGAGUCUCAUGCCCCCGAUGCAUUCAGGCAGAUGAUCGAGCACUCCAUCAGCGCAAACCCCGCAAAGACCCACAGAGACACGAAUAUGGGUGUCGCUCCUGCAAACGCCUCGGGCAACAACUCCAUGAUGGACACGCAAACCAUCACCCCCGCGGUCGAGGCGUACACAGCACCAUACACAAACGGUGGUAGGCCUUCGAGCCUGCAGAUAGCGAUGAGGAACCAGCCAAAAGCUGCCCCGAUGGGCUGCGCGAGGCCGGCCCAGAACGUGUUCUUUACAGCUCCCCAAACUGACCCGCUUGACUGAUAGAACGGGACCGCAAUGGCCAUUCCCUCUGGGAUGUUGUGCAUUGCGAUUGCCACUGGCACUGCGAAAGACCCUGUGCCUCCACCAAAGAAAGUUGCAAGACCCUCGGGGAAGUUGUGUAUCGUCAACGCCAAGAACGUCACAAACGAGAUCCGCUCAAGAGAGGACACCUUCUGUGAGUCGUGAUGAUUCAAGGCCUCACUUGAAUCAGAGUCUCCCUCCUCCACGUUCUCCUGAUUGGAAAACAUCGCGUCAACGCACUUGUCGAGCCCAAUCGCAGCGAGUACGCCCACGAAGAAGAAGCCAGCAACGCAUAGCCUGACGCAGAUAGUCUCACCACCCUCCCCACCAUCACCCUCACCCACUCCCGCACUGAGGCGUCUUCCACUGCCGCAGUCUGGAGGAUGAAAAUGGUGCUCGAAGAACUGGACCGCCUCUGUCCCAAGGAUGUCAAUGAACGAGACCCACAUCAUCACGCCAGCUGCAAAGCCCAUGGCCGCAGAAGUGACUUUCUUGGGGUUGCCACCCAUCUUGGCAAAAAGGAUGGCCACAGAACCCAGGCAGGUUGCCAUCCCUGCAAUGAUCGUGAGCACAAAUCCAAGCAAGUAGUCUGGCUCCUUCUCGCUGCAGGGUGCCAGGCGCCGAGCAACCGAAGGACGCCCCGAAAACAUGGCCACGAGGCUCGAACACAGUGUGAGAGGCUUCUGGUGCUCGGGCUAUUCGGGGAAUGGCUCAGGGCACGGAACAACACAUCUGCAGAUGAGGCCAACUUUUGCACCAGAGCCACAUUGGCU